AUGGUUGAGCACUUGAUUGGUGUCCAGUCGUCAUCUGAUCCGUUAUCACCACAACUGUCGAGGCAAAUUAUCGCCCAAUUGAUGGCAACAGUAGAUCUGGUGAAGAGAGCACUGAAGUCGACCACAAAGAUGUCUUUGAAUGAGAGGUUCCAACAGUUGAGGCAACAGAACCACAACAACCGAGUGAUGGCACACACAGUGAGCCAAUCCAACAGACAGUCCCUCAGACAGGGCUCACAAAAGAACCGCAGACUCGCUCUCCAGAUGGCGAACAGACCAUCGGUUUUGGCCGCUCUUCGGCCUAAUAACAACCAGAGGACACAAAACACACCAAACAUUCAAAACCAGAGAUCCAUUAAACAAAGACUUGGUUUCAAACGGUUCAAUAAUCCGACGAUUAGUCCACAACUCAAUCGAAAUCAGAUGCAAACGAACCGAAGAAGAAAACCCAUAAAUCGCACGAAUCUUAGCCUCAAUUUGAAGGCAACCUCUGGUCGACCGCAACGCCGAAGAAACCCCAACACAAACGCAAACAAUCAGCAAAACAUCGUUCGUCGCAAAGGAAUGAGAGGCAAUCCAAACGGCGCGAUGGCCAGAACCCAGACAUUUAAGGCGACGCCGAAUGCUAUGAGAAGUGGGUUU